GGUUGAUGACGUACGCUGCUGGCGGCAGAAAGAUGACCAGAGGUCAAGGCCUAUAAACCUGACUUCCCUUCCUGAAGCGGGUUUGCGAACCUACCUGUCGGAUAACUUUCAGUUCUUGAUCUGUUUAGUCUUGACCGGGACUAACUACUGUGUCCCCCUCAGCCUUGCGACCCCGGGGUCGCCACUGUCUCACGUUGUCCAGAGCAGCCAGGGACUCCCCAUAUAUCUGUGGCUGACUUGAAUUCCUGAUCCUCUUGUUUCCAGCUCCCGAGUGGGAUUUCAGGUCUCUGGCUUCUCUGCAGCAUCCACCCUGGAGCCAUGGUCCAUGCCUUCCUCAUCCACACCUUGAGGGCCCCGAAUUCGGAAGAAACAGGCCUUUGCCGAGUGCUCUACUCCUGUGUCUUUGGUGCUGAGAAGUCACCCGAUGAUCCACGGCCAUGUGGUGCAGAAAGGGACAGGCUCUUGCGCAAGGAACAGAUUUUGGCCGUGGCCAGGCAGGUGGAGUCACUGUGCCGGCUGCAGCAGCAUGCAUCUGGAUGUCCCUCCACAGACCCGCAGCCUCAGUUCUCCGAUGAGCCUGUGUCUCUGCAUGAGGCCCCCCAUGGAGCCUUCUACCUGGGAGCCGGGGACCCUUUCCAGGAGCCACAGACGGUGGUGUGGCUGGGUGUGCUCUCACUAGGCUUUGCCCUGGUGCUGGAUACCCAUGAGAACUUGCUGCUGGCUGAGAGCACACUCCGGCUGCUGGUCCGCCUCCUUCUUGACCACCUGCGGCUGCUGACACCAGGUAACAACUUCUUGUUGAGGGCUGACCGCAUUGAGGGAAUCCUCGCCCGCUUCCUGCCACAUGGGCAGCUGCUUUUCCUCAAUGACCAGUUUGUCCAGGACCUGGAGAAGGAAUUCAGUGCUGCUUGGCCCCGCUGACCACCCACCAGAAUGAGGCUUCUUGAAAGGACAGAGAGGGAGGGUAAAGAUUACAUACUUCAAGGAGAAGUUUGGCAUCUCCCUCUUGCCCAGGCUGUUCCCUAGUCUGAUAUGUGACUGCACUCAGGACAAAUGAUUAGACAAGCUGGCAGGAGGGGGCCUGGAGAGAAGGCAGAGGAAGCUAGCUGUGCCUCUUCCCAGUUCAGUGGAAUUGCAGAACAUCCUGAACCUGUCGCUGCAUGUGACACUCUGCGGUGUUCACCAUGCUAGCCCUUGACUUCCAGCCCUCCCAGCUGCCUGUGCUGGAGCCAUGUAAUGCCUGCCAAGACUUUAGUUCACUUUCUCUAUAACCCCAGCACAAAAGGAGUCUCUGAGACUCCCUUCAAGGUGGGGGAGCUGGGAUGGUACCCUGGCAAAUCCUGGCCCCUGCCUUUGCACAUCAUCAAGGAUAUUUGCAACAAGACCUGUUCUGCAUCCGGCCCCACCACAGUUCAGAGCAGGGGGAUUCUGAGGCUCCAUAUGUGCUGAGCCUAUAUCUGCCAGGCAAGCCAAGUGCACAGCAGCUUUUCUUGUCUGCUGGCCAGCAAGUGCCAGGUGUCUGGGCCAGGUGAUACCUUACUUUGAAUUAAAGAUAUUGGCUGUCUAACUUUGUUCUCUCUUUUUGUGCACCUGAUGGAUGCAGUGCCCUCCUGUGCAUGAGCAUCCGCCUGAGUGAUCCCUGACCUCCUUGCCCUACUACUUGUUCAAGCAUCCUACGAGGCUUCCUUUUAAGACCUCGGUUCCUCCUCCUCAAUUGCUUCUUUGUGCUUUCUUUGGAUGAUGGUACUUGCUUUUUGCUGUAGUAUGUGUCACGGGUAGUUGAUUGUGUGGUGGUUGGUCAGUCUCUGAGAAGCAGAGACUGGAGGGCAGUUCUGUCCUUGCACUGUGGGACUGUCCUUGCGCUGUGGGACUGUCCUUGCACUAUGGGACUGUCCUUCCGCUGUGGGACUGUCCUUCUGCUGUGGGACUGUCCUUGCGCUGUGAGACUGUCCUUGUACUAUGGAUCCAGCUCAGGCCGUCAAGCUUCCUGGCAGGCACUUGUAUCAGCUGAGCCAUCUCUCCAGUACGUGAUGUAUUUUUUCCAAAGUAAAACGAAGCCCUUUUUUAUUUCAGAAAUGUUUUCCCAACUUGGGUUGUUAAGUAGCUAUUGUGUUUCAUUGUUCCAUUCAGAUAGUCCAGCUGCACAGCAGGUGAAUCUCCUGUUGUUAAUCUUCCCUUACCCUAAUUGUGGCAGAUAGCAGAAAACUCAAAAAAAGGAAAGUUACUUUUGGAAGAUGGAUCAUUUGCGUACAAUGAGGAAGGAACCAUAGAGCAGUUCUGCAAGGAAGCAGUUUAGUUUAACUAAGGAGGGAACCUGCAGGCUACAAAAUAAGGUUCAACUGUAUCCAGGUCUCUGCCAUAUUGGCAGUCCAAAUCAUCCAUCCAAGGUGGUUGGCUCUCAUGGUAUUCAAAUGCAGCUUCUUCAGCUCCCUCCUCUCUUUGCAGUGGGGUGCCAGUAUCCACUACCACUCCAGCAGCUGGGUGGUGGUGGCAUAUGCCUUUAAUCCCUGCACUCGGGAGGCAGAGGCAGGCAGAUCUCUGUGAGUUCAAGUUCAGCCUGGUCUACAAGAACUAGUUUUAGGACAGGCUUCAAAACUACAGAGAAACCCUGUCUCGGGAAAAAAAAAAAAAAAAAAAAAAAGGAAGGAAGGAAGGAAGGAAGGAAGGAAGGAAGGAAGGAAGGAAG